AUGCACCGCGCCACCUUGGUAACGCUCGCCCGGCGCUCUUUGCAUCACCACCCACGCCAUCCCACGCCUAACCUCUACCGUCACACGCUGGAUCUUCAGCGCCCCUUUUCCAUGGCCGGCAGCACACAAUCCCCGUCGUCGUCGUCAUCCAAAGGCAGCAACGACGACAUUGCCCCCGCCCCCACCGCAGACCAACAGCAGGGCCUCCCCGCGCCCGGCGAGGGCACACCCGUCACGCUCGAUGUCAGCGGCGAGGGGUCCACGGUCAAGCUCGCCGCGCUGGGCCCGCUCGUCGUCAACGUCGAUGGCACCGUGGCACGCAUCACCAACUGGAAGGAGAUGACGGAGCAGGAGCGCGAGACGACGGUGCGCAUGGUGGGGAGGCGCAACAAACAGCGCCUCGAUGCGCUCAAGAAGCGCAAGGAGGAGGAGGAAGGGGCUGCGGGAGCUCGAUAA